AUGUACCUGGCGGCUGGCCUCCUCAACAUCAUGGAUAUCUCCCUUCAGCAUGAAUACCUGCAGGAGUAUCUUCAAAGUGCGGCCGCCAUGGGCAACUUCUCCGGUGCCGUCCCGUACGGGAUCGGAUCGAUGUUUGGCGGGCUCGCAUCCAACGGAUCCGGCGUACUGGCUGGGCUAGACAAGAAUGGCUCCGAGGUUACCAUCACGGCCCCAGGACACACCGACUCGACCGUGGCCGUCAUCAUCGUGUACUGCGUAUUAUUUGUGAUAGCGGCCGGCGGCAAUCUGUCGGUUGUCAUAACGCUGUUUCGCUCACGGCGCCAUCGACGAUCGCGUGUCAGUCUCAUGAUCUGCCAUCUGGCGGUAGCCGACCUGAUGGUCGCGUUCAUCAUGAUUCCACUGGAGGUCGGUUGGCGCAUCACGGUGCAGUGGCACGCCGGCAACGUGGCGUGCAAGGUGUUCCUGUUUAUGCGAGCCUUCUGCCUGUAUCUUAGCUCCAACGUGCUGGUGUGUGUGUCUCUCGAUCGUUGCUUUGCUGUGAUAUACCCGUUGCGCGUAUCUGCGGCCCGGAAGCGCGGCAAAAUCAUGCUCGGUGGAGCGUGGUUUAUUGCCUUCGUCAACGCCAUGCCACAGAGUAUUAUUUUCCGCGUGCAGCAACACCCGCAGGUGCCCGGUUUCACGCAGUGCGUCACAUUUGGCUUCUUCGCGACGCCCGGCCUGGAGACGGCGUACAAUCUGUUCUGCGUUAUUGCGAUGUACUUCCUGCCGCUGAUGAUCAUCAGUGGCGCUUACACUGUGAUCCUGUGUGAAAUCUCCAACCGGUCACGGGAAAAGGAAACGAGCGAUUCGAACACAACUGGCACUAUGCGGCUGCGAUGUAACGACCUGACGCAUAUCGAACGAGCUCGCCAGCGCACCUUACGCCUCACCAUCACCAUUGUGGUCGUGUUCGUGUGGUGCUGGACCCCGUACGUCGUCAUGACCCUUUGGUACAUGUUCGACCGUGAAAGUGCUUCUAAGGUGGACGUUGCCGUCCAAGACGGACUCUUUCUGAUGGCGGUAUCCAACUCGUGCAUGAACCCGCUCGUGUAUGGUUCGUAUGCGAUGAAAUGUCGGUUACCAUGUCGGAGACGUAACACUCCUGGUGGGGCCCAAACUCCCAACGCAGCCCAGCGGCGCUCUACAGAUGCUGUUUCCGGAAUGAUCGGACCACAUUCGGACCGGCUGACCGGUCGGGAUAAUAAAGAUGAGCUGCUCAUAGCCGACCACCGGAGCAUAACGAUGAACCAUCUCAACCAGAACGGUGGAAUCGCGCUCCUACAACCGACAGCAUCACUGCUACGAUCGACGGGAGGCGGUGGGCCACUUGGGGCCGGUUCAAGUGGUAGCAACGGUGCGGCCAAGACGGCAACGACGCGCUUCUACAACCGGCUCGGUUGCGGCACGACCAACCACACCAACUAUCACAGCAACGCAGCCAGACAGCCCGUCUCGGGAAUGAUCUCCGGCUCUGGUCAGGGAGGAGAACGUGCUGGAGAAUGCCACCGGAAGAGCGGUGAAAAAGAGCACCACUCAAGGAUGGGUGGGUACUGGUCCGGUGCCACCGGUAAGGGCGCCCAGUCGAGUUACAGCGAGUUCGCGAUGCUGGCGGACGAACACUCGAUCAUGCUGUCCCGGCCAUCCUUCUACUCCGAUCCGACCCCCCAUGAGCUUGACUCGUCGGUCGAGUGUGGACUCACGCGUAGCCUGGACACCGGAGGCUGGCGAUGA